UGGUCUAUGUCUGCCUUCGCAUGACAGCUGGCAGGCUCCCGUUAUUAGUGACAGCGGCUACGACAAGAUGGAGGACCUGGAGCCCAUCUGGGAUAAAGCCCCCGGGACCCUGACUGUGAGGAACGUGUACAGCAUGGCCGUGUGCCUGGGCUCCGAGCUGCAGGCUCUGGCGGACCGCCACGGGCUGGACUCGGUGUCCGGGCUGGUCCCCCAGGUGGUGCGGGUGCUGGAGCUGCUCGAGUCCUACGUGGAGUCCGGCAGAGAGCGGAGCUUCCCGGAGAGAGAGCUGCUGAUCCGGGCGGUGGAGAGCAUGCAGCUCGGGAGGGAGCAGCGGCCGGACCCGGACCUGGAGCAGAAGCUGCUUGAAGCCCAGAGGAAGGAGCAUGAUUUGCAGAACCAACUCUCCCAGCUCACAGAGGAGAAUCAGAAAUUAUUGGGACAAUUGGCAGAGUCCAAGUCCCAGGAAGAAUGUGCCGCAAGAGAGGAGCGUGACUUAAUGCUGAAACUGAAGAAGGUGGUAGAUACACAGAGAGAUGAGAUCCGAGCUUUGACCCAUGACAAUUGUCAGAAGAACAAGGACACUGAAGCGCUGCAGGAACAAUUGAACCGUUUCAUGAAAAUGAAUGAAGACCUGCGACACAAAAUGUCUGUCCUCCAGGUUCAGCUUAAGAGCUCUCUACGAACAAAAACAGAUUUGGAAAAUGUACUGCAGGAAAAACUGAAAGAAAUUGAGAAAUUCUCACAUAUGAGUGCAGUACCUCCUGAAAUCCCUGACAAAAAUAUGGAAAGUAUGAACACCGCAGACGUUGCAUUACAGAACACAGCGGAAGAAGCCUCAUCAAGCCAUCCCGGUUUCACCAUGGAAUAUUUGAAGCAGAUUGUGCUAGAGAGGAAUGAGCUGAAGACAAACCUAUUUCUUGUAAAUGAAGAGCUGCAGUAUUAUCAGAGGGAACUUCUGUCUGAUGAUAGAAUCCCAAGCCUCCUGUUAUGUGGUAUGAAGUCUGCAAUACGGAAGCAACGAAAGAAGAUAAAAGCGAAGAUGCUUGGAAUUGUAGAGUCUCCAAUAAGCAGUGAUGAUGAAGAUAAUUCAUGGACACAGCCAGCAGACACUGACUGUGUUGACUCAAAGCCACCAGACUCUAAAAUAAAGAGCCUAUUUGGCAUGUGGUACAGAAGACCCUCAACAGAUGCAGGAACAUGGGAAAUUAUUAACCGGAAGGAACUUAAAUUGGUAGAGAAAGGGGGAACCAAUUCUGAAAAUGAUUGAACUUUAUGAUGCGCUGAUGGAAUGUUGCAGAUUAUGACCAGCACAGUGCCAGAAUAACUUGCAAUGUUUUGUUUCCUGGUGCUGAGAUUUUAUCUGCCACUGAAUUUGAUUAAAUCUAAUCUUGCAAAGUACUUCAUAAUAAAUAUAUUGUAUAUAAUAUAUAUAAUAAUUUUCCUCUCCACAGUGAGUGGAUACAUUAUGAAGUCUUGUACCGCAGUCUGUGAAAAUGUACAUCUAAUUACUCCUCGAGAGAAUGAAAAUAUAUUUUUCUAACCUAUUUUUAUGUGAUCGCUAUCCUUUUUAUAAUGGAAAGUGA